AUAUUUAUAAAGCCCAAAAGUUAAUAAUACUCAAAAUCCCAUAGAGAUUAUGGUUUCUAAUUGUAAUUGGUGCUUCUGCACUUUCUGUAUGCUUCUUCUUCAGUUGUUUGAAGUUUCAUCUACACAUUCAGCCUUCAAAUCAGAUGAAAUUUUUGAAUCUCAUGCUUCAACAAUGGGAAGGAGGCUCCUCCAAAUUAAGAAAGCAUGCCCUAUUAGCUUUGAAUUUUUGAACUACACAAUCAUCACAAGCAAAUGCAAAGGGCCUCAAUAUUCUCCAAAGCUGUGUUGUUCAGCUCUAACACAACUUGUUUGCCCUUAUGUUGAUGCUUUAAAUGACAUGACAACUGAUUGUGCUUCAACCAUCUUUAGCUACAUUAACAUCUAUGGAAAGUAUCCACCUGGCCUUUUCUCGAGCAUAUGUCGCGAAGGAGCCGAGGGUCUUGCCUGCCCUCCAUGCCCACCUCCUUCCCACUCCAAGUCAGCUUCACUCUUAAAACGUUCCUCUCCUUCAAUCGUCAAUGCCUCUGGACUUCUACUUCUGCUUUUGUCGCUUGUGUGACACCCAGGUUUUGUGCUUGUUUUAAUUUAUACUCCAAGAAAAGACUCUCAAUUCUUUGUAGUUCAUAUUCAUGGAGUUGGGUAUGGCAAAAUGAUUUCCUUGCUUCUUUACUAAGCAUAGCUGGUUGGACUUUGGAGCUAUGUAAAAGUUGUUCUGUUCCACAAACUCCAUAUAUGUUUUUAUUGCUACAUUGUUACUUCUGUUCUUAUUUAUAAUAUUUUAUA